UUUUUUUUUUUGUUUGUACAUAAUAUAUUAAAAUGAGUGAUUCAGUAAAUACUCCUAGGUUAUCAACAAAUUCAUCUAUUUAUACUGAACAACGUGUUGCUCGAGGAAAAACUAUUCUUGAUCGUAAUUUGAAUAAAACUCGUGGUGCAGAAGUCAGUCUUAGUGCACAAUCCUUUCUUUUUUCUGAAAUGCUUCAAUAUACCCAAAAACGUGUCAAUGGUAUUCAAGAUUUGGAACGGAAACUUAAUGAAUUUGGAUAUCGUGUUGGUACUCGCAUGUUGGAACUAUUAACAUGGAGAGAAAAGGUAGCAAAACGGGAAACUCGUGUACUUGGUGUAUUAUAUUUUAUUCAUAAUGUUGUAUGGAGGUCUUUAUUUGGAAAACAAGCUGAUUCCUUGGAAAAAAGCACAGAAAAUGAAGAUGAAUAUAUGAUAUCUGAUAAUGAUCCAAUUUUGACAAGAUAUAUUUCAGUUCCCAAAGAAUUAUCUCAAUUGAAUUGUAAUGCUUUUGUAGCUGGUAUUGUAGAAGCUUGCUUAGAUGGAUAUCAAUUCCCUGCAAGAGUCACAGCACAUACUGUACCUAUUGAUGGAUUCCCUCAACGAACUACUAUUUUGAUCAAAUUGGAUAAAGAAGUUUUACAACGUGAAGAAUUAUUGAAAUAGAUUUCUCCCCUUCACUGGUUUAUAUCAUCUAUACUACACACGCAUAUAUAUAUUAAUAAAACAAUAACAAAAACAUGUUUUUUUUUUAUUUA